CUUGAGUCACUCUGAGCUGGUUCCUCCGUCACAGAGCUGCAGUAUGACUCGUCGUGUGGCAGUGGUUGGAGCAGGGAGCUCAGGUCUGGCCUGUAUCAAGUGCUGUCUGGACGAGGGGCUGGAGCCCGUCUGCUUCGAGAGCAGUGAUGCCAUGGGUGGUCUGUGGAGGUUUAAGGAGAAUCCGGACCCAGACAGGGCCAGCAUCUACCACUCUGUCAUCAUCAACACCUCCAAGGAGAUGAUGUGUUUCAGUGACUUUCCGAUCCCUGCGCACUUCCCCAACUACAUGCACAACUCCCUCAUCAUGGACUACUUUCAGAUGUAUGCUGAUCACUUCCAGCUCACCAAGCACAUACGCUUCAAUACCAAGGUGUUGCAGGUGAAGCAGAGGUCAGAUUUUUCUCACUCGGGUCAGUGGGAUGUUGAAACAGAGAACAAGGACGGCAAAAAGGAGAAACACAUUUUUGAUGCAGUGAUGAUCUGCAUUGGACAUCACUGCCAACCCAACCUGCCUCUCCAUGACUUCCCAGGCAUUGACACUUUCACAGGGAAGUAUCACCACAGUCGAGACUACAAGACUCCUGAGGAGUGGAGGGAUAAAAAGGCUGUAGUGAUUGGAAUAGGAAACUCUGGAGGAGACAUCGCUGUGGAGCUGAGCAGAGUCACCAAACAGUCAUAUCUGAGCACUCGGAGGGGAGCCUGGAUCCAAAACAGGGUUUCACACAAUGGUCUUCCUCGCGAUAUGAUCUACAACAGGGUGGUGCUUUUCCUGCGUAAAGUCCUUCCCUUUGGAUUACCGUGCAGUGUGGCAGAGAGACGAGUCAACCAGAGAUUUAAUCACAGUCUGUACAACUUGAAGCCAAAACACAGGUUGUUCAGCCAACAUCCCACACUGAACGAUGAGCUUCCAAACUGCAUCCUAUCUGGAAGGGUUCAGGUGAGACCCAACAUCUGCAGGUUUCAUGGAUCCGGUGUGGAGUUUGAGGAUGGGAGUGUAGUGGAAGAUGUUGACCUGGUGGUGUUUGCCACAGGUUACAGGUUUUCCUUUCCGUUCCUGGCCUCACACGUGGUCUCAGUGUCUGAGAACAAAGCAUCUCUGUACAAGUAUGUGUUUCCUCCUGAGUUGGACCGACCAACACUGGCCAUCAUUGGUCUAGUGCAGCCACUGGGAGCCAUCAUGCCCAUCUCUGAGAUGCAGGCCAGAUGGGCCACACGGGUCUUUAAAGGCUGUGUCAAGCUUCCCUCAGUGACUGCCAUGAUGAAAGAUGUCCAGUGCAAGCAGGAGACCAUGGCUAAAAGGUACGUCACCAGUCAGAGACACACCAUCCAGGUCGACUAUGUCAGCUACAUGGAUGAGAUAGCGGAGCUGGUGGGGGUUCAACCCAACAUCCUGAGGCUGCUGCUGACUGAUCCCAGGCUGGGUCUGAACCUGAUGCUUGGUCCCUGCACGCCGUAUCAGUAUCGUCUCAGAGGGCCAGGAAAGUGGGCCGGGGCCCGUCAGGCCAUCCUCACUCAGUGGGACAGAGUGGCUCAGCCCAUGCAGACCAGGCUCUGUGAUGAGCCCAAACCCAAGAGAUCAUUUAAGUGGCCUCUGAUUGGUUCAGCUGCUGCUGUGGGCUUGGCUGUAUACGUUCACAGGAACAACCUUCCAGCUUUCCUCCAAGAUCCCACUGCACUGCUGCACAAGAUAAAAGUCUACCUGCCCGCACAGUGAUGAGAUUCACACUCAGCUCUGAUCACUCUUACUUCAUUUUAACAUAGAUUAUAUCACAAUACUCUGCAUUGUGCCUGUCUUGUAUAGUUCUCAACAAAUCUGAUGAAUCUGGAUUUACAGAGUUAAAAUGAUGGAUAUCAGGGUUUAUGGUGCAUUACUUUGGACAGGAAGUAUCUAGUUUUUAAUUUUCCACUUACUAUAUCAAAGUGUCAUUUAACUAAAAACAGUGCAAGAACAGCCAGAAGUCAUGUUUCUUAUUAUGGAACAUGAAGAUGAGCUGAGCAGCAGUGACACUGACAUGAUAUGAAAACCUCCAUUCACAUGAACCAUGUAGAACUGCGCGUUGUUUUAUUUUAUUACCAGUUCUUUAUAUUGAUAUAAUUGUAUAAAAUUUGUUAUUAAUUCAUAGGUAACUUGUUGUGUCCUGGUGUGUCCUACAGUACCUAAUAAUAAAUGACACAGCACCACAUACAUUUAUAAUACACAAUUUAUAAACAACAGUUAUAAAAAC